CAUAUCAUCUUAGGCAAACAUAUCUUCUCUCUUAUCUGGUACUUCUAGCGAGAAGUGCAUAACCAUAUUAGCGGCGCUCUGCUUUUUAAAUCCCUUAUCAAAAAUGGCUAUACAAAAUGAAAAAGAGAGGCCCAAGGCGGUGUAUAAUAAGGCUAGGACUGAGCAGUAUCGUCGACGGCAAUGGCUGCAGGUUAUAUCCAACCAGAUCCCUAGAGUCACCCAAGAUAUAAAACAAGAACCCUUUGUAGUGGAACCGGUGCGGCCGUCUUUGGAUCACGAGAGCUACGUUCAGUUGUUCGCGUGUCAAUUAUCGAAGAAAAUCGCGGAACAAUAUCUCGACGUUAUAUCCGUACCCCUACCCCUGCCGAAGAAUGGGACGCGUUUUGAGCUUCUGCCCCAAAACAUCAUUGAUCGAAUCUGCAGCUACGUCCCCUACGAAAACCUCCUCUGGCUAUAUCAACAAUCCCGAGCACUCCAUAGAAUCAUCGACCCCCACCUCGCACCCUACGAGACGAAAGCCUCGUUCACACUACGGGCCGAGCGAGACUUUCCCCAGCAUUACAACGCGAAACCGCCGAACCUAGGCUGCUACACGUGUUCCCGGGUCCUAACAGCCGCGAUAUUCGCCACUAACCAGCCUUUGCAGGCUCUUCUACGGCUCACGUCGUCGGAUGAAGAAAUGGUAGUGAAUUUGCGUCGGUUCUGCAUCUACUGCGGUAUCCAUUCUGGAUGCCACAAGCCAGGUGACGAACUCAGCACGCGAACUGGCGGACGGUUUUGGAUAUGCGACUGCUUGUACAUCCUGGAUGACGCGACUCCCGGCUGUAAGGGUUGUAAAGCUAGGUGUCCUCUUGUACCGCGUGGAAGAGUGAAAUUAGCGGCAUCGUUCAGAUCGAGAGAGGGUUCAUAAAUCUUAGGGCUGUCUUGGUGUAUUGAUAGGGGUAAAUUCUAUCAUCGAGGGUUGGCUAAAGAUCUUGAGCCAUAUAAGGAGGCAGGUAUAUAUGGUUAAUAGUGUGCAAGUUUGUGUUUUAUUUUGGUUUUGACGGCCUCGACGGUAUAGCUAGGUGUUGGGUGGAGGAAAAGCGAAGGUAGGCCAUUUGAUUCAUAGCUAUACCUGGUACCGGGCGGCAACAAGCGUGUUCUGCUAUAUUGGGAGUGAAUUCGGUUGUUUGGCUGGAUUAUUGGAGGUCUGUCCUAUUUAGUAUCGCUAUCUCACAAUGGAAAUAUUUUCAACAAAAA